AUGAUCCAAGAUGAUUAUGAACCUAUCUUGAAACAUCUGACCAAUAUUACCACUUUUAUUGAAGUUGACCCACAUGACAAAAGCCUGAAAGACCUUCCCGAAUCAUUGGUCACUUUCCUCAUAGAUUUCGUCCUUGAUGCAAUGGGAUUGUUCGGCGAUGAACUCCUUUUACCACCCGCAGAUUGCGCUAGAAUUCACGGAAGGUACUGGGCUGAUUUGGGCGAGACGGAGUCUCAAAGAAGAAAAAGGUUCGAUGCGCUAUCCGAAGCGCGAACAGACUGGAGUACGCAUGCACGCGAAGCCCUCUGCAGAGCAUUAGCCGACAUUCGUCAAUAUGAAUUCGAUGCAGCACGCCUGACGCUCAUGCCGCCCAAGCUAUUUAUAGUCUUUGCUGUUAGUACUUACACAAUAUUCUAUGAUAAUGAAACUGUUACGAUGUAUGCACCUGAAUAA